AUGUUUCGUUUAGGAGAUUUUGAAUUUCUAAUUGUACUCGGUUUAAAUGGCCAACAGAAAGGACAUUAUCCUUCGGUAUCUAAUGGUAAUACUACUAAAGUACACAAGCAGUCCCUAGUAAAACAUUACAUAAUUAAAAAAGACUUUAUAAGUGGACUAAAAUAUCGUGAAUUUAGUGUUUAUGAUCCCACUGAGCAACAAUUACUAUAUCGUAUUGAUACGACAUUUCACAUAUUACAUCGAGUCAAAAUAACAAAUCAACCUGAGAAGAAAUUAUUAGCAACAGUUAAUGGAAAAUUUCGAUUUUUUCUUUAUGGAGCAACAUUUAAAAUAUUAACACCAGGAACACAACAAUGGAAAGAAGGAAAAAUUGAACGAUCGUUUACAUUAUCAUAUAAAUUUAUUAUUACUUAUGACAAUCGUCAAGUUAUAUUCGAAGGUGAUAGAAAUAAAUGGCAUAUGUCAUGGACAGACGCAAAAACACAUGAAUUAUUAGCUUCAUUUGAAAAACGUAUGAUAUCAUUAGUAUGGCAGAAUACAUAUGAUUUAAAAAUAUACACAGAUGAGUUACCUGAUAUCUUCUUUUUUGUUGGCUUAGCUGUUGCUGAUAGAUCGACAAGUAAUAAAGAUUCAAAGGGUUGA